AUGGCUCAAUACAUUAAGGAAGAACCUGACGUGGAAGUGAAAGCAGAACAUGGCAGUGAUGAUGUAGCAGCUGAUGAUGCAGCUAAUCAACAAAAUGAUGAUGAUGAUGAUGUAGCAGCUAAUCAACAAAACGAUGAUGAUGAUGAUGAUGUAGCAGCUAAUCAACAAAAUGAUUAUGAUGAUGAUGUAGCAGCUGAUGAUGAAAAACAUGUGGUUGAUAAUGAUGAUGAUGUACCAGUUAAUGAGCUAGACGAUGAUGAUGGGACAGAUGGUGAUGAUGUUGAUGAUGAACAACAGCGUGAACACGGGACAGACGACGAACAACACAUCCAAGAUGGACAAGAUGACGACGUAAUCAGUGGAACUGACAUCGAUAACUGGGACAGAAGAAAUGAAGAAUGCUGUGGAGAAGAGGACACAAGAAAACAUACAGAGAGCAAGAAGUCACCUGCAACGAAAGUGAAACACGAUCGACAACAUUGGCAUUCACCAAUUCAUGCCAAGGUUUCUAAGAUGUUUGUUUCCAAAGCAACCUGUCGAGACGAGAGAGGCAGACGGAAAAUGAAUGUUCAAGGAAAACAUCACAAUGAAAAACCGAAAAUGAAUGAGGAGAAAAGGAACGUGUUUCAGCGAGUGAAGAAAUCAUCCUCUGGAGAGAAGGAAUCGCUGCAGUCCAAAUCUGUCAGUAAGAAACACGUAUCCCUGAAAGAGAAGAUGAAGGAAAGAGAAAUUGAAGAUAUAGGGACGUGGGUUCAGUGUGGAAAUCCGUUGUGUCAGAAAUGGCGUUAUUUGCCAGAUGUAGCCGACCCUCUCACUCUACCCAGCAGGUGGCAGUGCAGCAUGAACCCCAACGCUGUGUACAACAGCUGUGAGAAGCCGGAAGAGGAGUACAACGAGGAGGAUCACAUCUUCACCAAGUUCACGGAGGGCUCCGUUGUGUGGGCCCGGAUGGACGGCUAUCCCUGGUGGCCGGCUAUGGUAGAAGUAGAUCCUGAUUACGACACAUAUUUUGAAGUUUACACAUCCAGUAUGCAUCCAGUUCGCUAUCACGUGGUAUUCUUCGAUGACAGAGUGUCGAGAGCUUGGAUCCGAAUUGCUUCUCUCUUGCCUUACAGUGAAAAUCCCAGUGAACAAAGUUUGUCUAAGAUGGUGAAGUUCAAGAAGGAUCUUACAGCUGCUAAGAAAAAUGCUGAUUAUGCACUACAGUAUUCUCUCAAGGAAAGAAUCAAGAAAUUUGGGUUUGGAGCUCGCUUUAGAGGGAAGUGGGGCUACAGCACAGAAGAGAAUCACGAGCCAGCGAGGAAAGUUAAGAAGAGAGAAAAGCGACGUUUGAUGCGGGCGACUGUGACCAAUGAUCUGGACCUGCUGGACGAGUCGGCCGUCGAUGAGAUUAUCAACAGCACGGAGUCGGUGUUGUCUUCCAUAGAGGACGUGAUGGACAUCCUACCAGACAGCGACGCGGAGCAAGAUCCAGAAUAUGAACCUAAGUGUACGAAUUCUGCAGCGAGAGAGUGGCUGGCAAAGAGACGAGAGGCUAGGAAACGAAGAAUCCAAACAGACAGAUUAGAAGAUGAGGUUGAGAAGAAGAUGGUUCGGAGUACAACCGACAGUUCUGGCAAUCUCUGUAUGCAGCUCGACCCCGACAUCUUCACCAUGGAGAUGGGUGAUGGCUUGCACAACAACAACAACACUGUCAACAGUGAGAUGGGUUCAUGUGGACAGCCCACUCUCGCGAAUUGGACGGGAAAAGACGUGCCACACAAAGGAAAGAAGAAAACUAAGAGCAAACCGGCCGAUAAAGCUAAAAGUGGGGAAGCAGAAACUGCAGAGACGAAGGCUGCAAAGAAAGAUGUAGAGGGAAAUGUUGAUUCUACGACAAGCGAGAUAAGUCGAGAAACUGGCGAAGAAGCCGAGCCUAAAACAAAAAAGCCGAAGAAGAGCAGUAGAAAGAAUGAAGAGAGCUUUGAGAACAGAUCUGAGAUGAAAGGCGGGUCUGGUAUGAAAGGGAAAAAGAAAGAAAAGAAAUCCAAGGAAAACAGAGGAGAUCCAAAGAGCAUACAGAACAGUGAAACUGCAAGUGAUGCCUCCAAAUCAACUGAAUGGAAUACAGCAAAAAAGAAAGUGUAUGAGAAGCAAGAGAAAGAAAAUGUGGAACAAGGAAAUUCAAAACCAAAAUUAGCAAAGAAGACGAAAAGCUCAAAACCUGCUGACAGCAAGGCUCAAAGAAAUGAUGCGGUUAAAACGCAAAAAACUGUUCCAACGUUUGGCAGUAGUAAAAAGAAAGUAUCAAUAUUUGUUGCACCUGUUGUGGUAAAGACACAAGAUGAAAUAGUUAUGAGGGACGAUUCAAAGGACAAAGAUCAAGAAGACAGGAAAGAGAUGAGCAGAGAGACACCAGAGGGGAAAUCGUGUCAAAAUUACAUCAGUUCAAACAUGGAGGAUAAAAAGAUCAACAAGCUCAACAAAACCAAACAAAGCUGUUCAAAAAAAUAUACAAAUACAGAGGACAAAAAGGCAGAUGAAGUCAAGAAAGAUGGACAAAGCUGUUCACAAAAAAAGAGAAUUAUAGAAGGCAAAAAGACGACCAAGCUCAACAGGACUGAAGAAAGCUGUUCAAAGGAAGACAGCAAUGUAGAGGGCAAAAAGGUAGACAAACUCAAGAAAGAUGAACAGAACGAGAAGGACAAAGAUGAUUUGGUGUCCAAUGUGAAGGAAAAAAACAAACUGAAGCUGAAGAAGAGUAAGGAUUCGAAACAGGAAAAAAUCAAGACAUCAGAUGGUGAAAAAUGUGCCAGCUCUGUGACGGGUAGUAGUGAAGACAAACGAGAUAAAAAGGAAAAAUGGAAUGUAACAAAUGAUCAGAGUCAAAGUGGAGCAGAAGAUUCCAAAAUGGAGAAGUCAAAGAAACUAAGUAUUAAGGAAAAACAGAAUCUUACAAAUGAUUGCAGUCGAAGUGAAAAAGAAGAUUCCAAAAUGGAGAAGUCAAAGAAACUAAGCAUUAAGGAAAAACAGAAUCUUACAAAUGAUUGUAGUCGAAGUGAAAAAGAAGAUUCCAAAAUGGAGAAGUCAAAGAAACUAAGUAUUAAGGAAAGACAGAAUCUUACAAAUGAUUGCAGUCUAAGUGAAAUAGAAGAUUCCAAACCAGAGAAGUCAAAGAAACUAAGUAUUAAGGAAAGACAGAAUCUUACAAAUGAUUGCAGUCGAAGUGAAACAGAAGAUUCCAAAUUGGAGAAGUCAAAGAAACUAAGUAUUAAGAAACCUGACUGGUCCAGAAGUAGCAAAAUUACUGAGUUAAACAAUUCACAAGAUCACAGUAUGGUAAAAGAUUCGCCACAGAGUAAAACGAGGAAAUGUCUAAAUUCUCAAAUUGAUGAUGAUGUUAUAGAAAUCCCUAGCUCAUCUGACAAAAAUUCUGAUAGUAAAACAAGGAAGAAGAAAAAGAUAGAACGUAAAUAUCCAAACUCUCAAACAGACUCGUGUGAAAAGAUUUCUGAUGGCAACAGAAAGAAGACGGAAUGUAAGGUAAUGAAUACCAGGAAACAGCGCAUUACUCAGAACCAGUGCAGCACCGAUGAUGAUGAUGGCGACGAUGAAGAGGAGACUUUGGAAUUGAAUGAUAAUAAACACAUGGAGAAGACAGAACCUAAGAAAACGUCAGUUACCUCAAGAAAACUGCGCAGUUCACAGAGCCAGGAAAGUGAUGGUGAAGAGAUUUUAGAGUUGAAUGAUACAAACAAGAAGACAGAACGUAAGAAAACCUCACGGAAACUGCGCAGCUCACAGAGCCAGGACAGCAGUGAUGAAGAGAUUUUAGAGUUGAAUGAUAUAAACAAGAAGACAGAACGUAAGAAAACCUCACGGAAACUGCGCAGCUCACAGAGCCAGGACAGCAGUGAUGAAGAGAUUUUAGAGUUGAAUGAUAUAAACAAGAAGACAGAACGUAAGAAAACCUCACGGAAACUGCGCAGCUCACAGAGCCAGGGCAGCAGUGAUGAAGAGAUUGUAGAGUUGAAUGAUAUAAACAAGAAGACAGAACGUAAGAAAACCUCACGGAAACUGCGCAGCUCACAGAGCCAGGGCAGCAGUGAUGAAGAGAUUGUAGAGUUGAAUGAUAUAAACAAGAAGACAGAAUGUAAGAAAACCUCAAGGAAACUGCGCAGCUCACAGAGCCAGGGCAGCAGUGAUGAAGAGAUUGUAGAGUUGAAUGAUAUAAACAAGAAGACAGAAUGUAAGAAAACCUCAAGGAAACUGUGCAACUCACAGAGCCAGGACAGCAGUGAUGAAGAAGAGAUUUUAGAGUUGAAUGAUAUAAACAAGAAGACUGAACGUAAGAAAACCUCAAGGAAACUGCGCAGCUCACAGAACCAGGACAGCAGUAAUGAAGAAAUUUUAGAGUUGAAUGAUAUAAACAAGAAGACAGAACAGAAAACCUCAAGGAAACUGCGCAGUUCCCAGAGCCAGAACAGCAGUGAUGAUGAAGAGAUUUUAGAGUUGAAUGAUGAUAAAAAGAAUAUUAAGAAGUCUGAACGUAAGAAGGUAUUAUCUGUUAGCUCCAGGAAACUGCGUAGUUCCCAAAGUCAGGACAGCAAUGAUGAACAAAUCUUGGAGCUGAAUGAAACCAGCAAGGAUCAGCAGUGUCCCGACAGUGACAGUCUUGACCUUGACCUAGAUAUAGAGUUGAGUCCAAAAUCAACAACAAACAAACAUCAGUCGGUGGUAAUGAGCGAAGAUUCGGAUCCGUUUGAACUGGGUGAAGAGUGAUCCUUGUUUUACAUGCAACAUGUAGGUUGUUUACUGUUCUGCUUUAGAAAUACAUUAAAAAAUAAACACUGAAUCUGGCAUGGUGAACUGCUAGAAUGAUAAGUGCUUUUACAGAUUAGUGCUAUAGAAAACUACAUUGUACACUUGAAACACUUUUGACACACUCUGGUCCUGUUUCAACCAUCGUAAUUUCCUGUGUAUUGCCUGCUACACCAGUUUGGUUUAUUUAACACCACCACUACAGCAUUUAGCCUGCUUUGGUGGAUAGUCCAUGGACUGUCAUAUAGCUUGCUUUGGUGGAUAGUCCAUGGACUGUCAUAUAGCUUGCUUUGAUGGAUAGUCCAUGAACUGUCAGAUAGCCCGUUGCUGUGGAUAGUCUGUUUACUGUUGUAUAACCUGCUAUGGUGGAUAGUCUGUAAACUGUCAUAUAGCCUGGUGCAGUGGAUAGUCCAUGGACUCGUAUAGCCUGCUAAGGUGGAUUGUCCUAUAGCCCGCUUUGGUGUAUAGUCCUAGGACUCGUAGCCUGCUUUGGUGGAUAGUCCAUGAACUGUCAUAUAGCCUGCUUUGGUGGAUGGUCCAUGGACUCAUAUAUCUUGGUAUGGUGGAUAGUCCAUGGACUUAAUAGCCUGCUUUGGUGGAUAGUCCAUGGACUGUCAUAUAACCUGCUUGGUGGAUAGUCUGGACUGUCAUAGCCUGCUUUGGUGGAUAGUCCAUGGACUGUCCUAUAGCCUGCUUGGUGGAUAAUCCAUGGACUGUCCUAUAGCCUGCUUGGUGGAUAGUUUGUGGACUCGUAGCUUGCUUUGGUGGAUAGGAUAGUCCAUGGACUCCUAUAGCCUGCAUUGGUGGAUAGUUUGUGGACUCGUAGCUUGCUUUGGUGGAUAGGAUAGUCCAUGGACUGUCCUAUAGCCUGCAUUGGUGGAUAAUCCAUGGACUCGUAUAGCCUGUGUUGGUGGAUAAUCCAUGAUCGACCACUGAAUACUGUUUGCAAAUAUUGUUCAAAUACUGGUGUUUUUAAAAGAAAUAUAGACCUAUCAUUGUUAAUUUGAUUUUGUUUUAUUAUAUAGUCUGUUUGAAAGAACCAUUAUUUAUUUCCGGCAUGUUUUUUUUAGCCCUGACAAACAGAAAUGGUCACAUAGUCUGCAAGGGAAUCUUGGGGCAAUUUAAAAGAUCUAGUCAAUGGGCAGUAUAAUGGAAAUUACUGAAUAAUACGCAAUAAAAGUUGAGUAAUUGAUUUGAUGACAGAAGGGGAUGAGGAGUAUAUCAAGUGGCUGACAAAAACAAGGUCACCAAACGAAAUUGGGUGACACAUUUAGUCUUGAUAUGAUGCAGUAUAAACUAUACUGGAGAUCUUAGUAUGAAAACAAACUUGUCGGAUUAGCAGCUGAUAAGGAAUCCAUCACACCAGUUUUAAUAUGCUAUUGGUUAUAUUUUAGUUAUUGGCAGAGUAGUUAUAAUUAUAAAACAUUUCAGAAGAUGUAGUUUCUUUUAUUUAACAACACCACUAAAGCACACUGAUUUAUUAAUCACUGGCUAUUGGAUGUCAAACAGUAAUGUUCUCAGCUUAUUCUGAUGCCAGUACAUAGAGAUUUAACCAGAGUUAAAAAAAGAAGAAGCCUGAUAUAGAUUUUCUGCUAUUAAAUCAUUACAUAUAGUAUUUGCUGUUAUUAAAUAAAUAUUUAAUAUGCUGUUAUUGCAUAAAAUCACUGUAGUUGAUGUAUUCAGCCAGUUUAAGACUAUUUAAUCUGACUCGAAUAUUGUCACACCAAAUUAACCAGUUCUCCACCUGUGGUGCACUAAACAUUAAACACAGUUUUAUUUUUAUUAUGAUUGUAAUUUGUUAUUAAUCAUUAUCAAUUCUGUAGAUAGUAAGAUGUAUUAGUUUAUGUUUAUUACAGUUGUAAAAUUGGUAAUUUUAUUGAAUGUUACAGUGUCUGUGUAAUAGUUGUUUGCUUUUUAACGCUAAUAAAAUAUUAAUUUGCU